AUGUACCUGACAAAGACAGUGCAGAAGACAAACGCGAUAUUGAGCAAGCUUCCGCAUCAACGGGGCCACCAACGCCCCAGCAGCGCUACAACUGCUUCUACAGUUAGCAGCUCUGCCCAGGGAACUUAUCCUCCCCCUCCAUCGCCACCGCCAUCUAAUCACCGUCACUCCAGCAGCUCCACCACACGUCGCACACGACACCCACCGCUGAUGCCCCCACAGGACGACAAACACGAUCUGAGCAACUUAAUCGACGAGCACAUCGCCUGGACCCAAGGCACAGCCGCCCGCCCCCGACGAGGCAGCCAAGGAACCAUGAUUGUAGAUUGGGAUGGAACAGGUACACCAGUUGUAACCUAUCGAAACCGCGGAGGAGUCGACGACCAAGUCAAGGAAAAUCGUACCUCCAAACCACUUCCAGCCCCCCUCAACAUCAAGCCCCUACCCGACCUCCCCUUGACAGCCCAUUACCACUCGCCCCGCUUCUCCCCUACCACGCAAACCCACCACGCGCCCUACGUCGCCGGCUACGACGCCCAAACGCACUUAUCCUACGACUACGACGGCCGCAUUGUACACGUGCAUCGUAGUAGCGGCCAUGAGCAUGACAAGUCUGCUGCGCGUUUAUCCGCACAUUCGGAUUAUUAUGCCAUGGAUUUAGACAGGUAUACGCGUGGGAUUGAGGUGCGGGUCAAAGAGGGGGAUGCGAAGAAGAAGAAUGGGAGUGGUGUGGGCAGGUUUGUGGAAAAGGUGUUGGAUAAGCUUGAGGGAAUGGGGUUGUUGGAUCGGUUGCGUAGGGAUAGGAAGACGGUGGCGGUUGCGAGUAAGGGGAAGGGGAAGGCUCGUGAUGUUUGA